GGCGGGGAGCGCAUUGCGGCUGCGCGGCGGCCCAGGCGCCGUCGGGCUGGGCGGUGGCUAAGCGGACUGGAACCCGGCCUGAACCCCGGUGGGAGCGACGGGAACCGGGCCGCCACCAUGUCGGCAUCGUCUGAGGAAGAGGAGUACGCGCGGCUGGUGAUGGAGGCGCAGCCCGAGUGGCUGCGCUCCGAGGUGAAGCGGCUGUCGCACGAGCUGGCCGAGACCACACGCGAGAAGAUCCAGGCGGCCGAAUAUGGGCUGGCGGUGCUUGAGGAGAAGCACCAGCUCAAGCUGCAGUUCGAAGAGCUCGAGGUGGACUACGAGGCCAUCCGCAGCGAGAUGGAGCAGCUCAAGGAGGCAUUUGGCCAGGUGCACACAAACCACAGGAAGGUGGCUGCGGACGGCGAGAGCCGGGAGGAGAGUCUGAUCCAGGAGUCGGCCUCCAAGGAGCAGUACUAUGAGCGCAGGGUGCUGGAGCUACAGACUGAGCUGAAGCAGCUGCGCAACGUGCUAACCAAUGCGCAGUCGGAGGGCGAGCGCCUGGCCUCCGUGGCGCAGGAGCUGAAGGAGAUCAACCAGAAUGUGGAGCUGCAGCGGGGCCGCCUUCGGGACGACAUCAAGGAGUACAAGUUCCGGGAGGCCCGCCUGCUGCAGGACUACUCGGAGCUGGAGGAAGAGAACAUCAGCCUGCAGAAGCAGGUGUCUGUGCUUAGGCAGAACCAGGUGGAGUUUGAGGGCCUCAAGCAUGAGAUCAAGCGUCUGGAGGAGGAGACCGAGUACCUCAACAGCCAGCUGGAGGAUGCCAUCCGGCUCAAGGAGAUCUCAGAGCGGCAGCUGGAGGAGGCACUAGAGACACUGAAGACGGAGCGGGAACAGAAGAACAGCCUGCGUAAGGAGCUGUCACAUUAUAUGAGCAUCAAUGAUUCCCUCUACACCAGCCACCUGCACGUCUCCCUGGAUGGCCUCAAGCUCAGUGAUGACACCGAGGCCAUGGCCAACGGUUUUGAGCACGGCAGUCUGGCCAAGCUGCCUCUGGACAACAAGGCCUCCAUGUCCACCAAGGACGGCUUGGCCCCGCCCUGCCCCAGCCUUGUGUCCGACCUCCUCAGUGAGCUCAACCUCUCUGAGAUCCAGAAGCUAAAACAGCAGCUGAUGCAGAUGGAGCGGGAGAAGGGGGGCCUGCUGGUGACACUGCAGGACACGCAGAAGCAGCUGGAGCAGGCGAGGGGGGCCCUGUCGGAGCGGCACGAGGAGGUGAGCCGCCUGACGGAGACCCUGAGUGCUCUGCAGCGCCUGCAGGCCGGCAAGGAGCGGCGCACGGCCCUGGACAGCGAGAAGGAGCGCGACAGCCACGAGGAUGGUGACUACUAUGAGGUAGACAUCAAUGGGCCCGAGAUCCUGGCCUGCAAGUACCGCGUGGCCCUGGCAGAGGCCGCUGAGCUCCGGGAGCAGCUGAAGACCCUGUGUAGUGCGCACGAGGCCAGCGAGGCUUGGCACGCCGAGGAGAAGGGCCGACACGAGGCCGAAAGCCAGGCACUCACUGAGAAGGUGUCCUUGCUGGAGAAAGCCAGCUGCCAGGACCGUGAGCUGCUGGCUCGGCUGCAGACUGAGCUGAAGAAGGUCAGUGAUGUCGCUGGUGAGACGCAGGGCAGCCUGAGUGUGGCCCAGGAUGAGUUGGUGACCUUCAGCGAAGAGUUGGCUAGUCUGUACCACCACGUGUGCAUGUGCAACAACGAGACGCCCACCCGUGUUGUGCUGGACUAUUACCGCGAGGGCCCAGCUGGUGCUGGCUGCUGUAGCCCUGAGGCUCGCGGGCACCGCUCGCCAGUCCUGCCCAAGGGGCUGCCGGCUACAGAGGGUGGGGCUGGGGACAGCAGCCCCUCACCUGGCUCCUCACUGCCGUCGCCCCUGAGUGACCCGCGCCGGGAGCCCAUGAACAUCUAUAACCUGAUCGCCAUCAUCCGCGACCAGAUCAGACACCUGCAGGCGGCCGUGGACCGCACCACGGAGUUGUCGCGGCAACGCCUGGCCUCGCAGGAGCUGGGCCCUGCUGCGGACAAAGACCGGGAAGCCCUCAUGGAGGAGAUCCUCAAGCUCAAGUCGCUGCUCAGCACCAAGCGGGAGCAGAUCACCACGCUGCGCACGGUGCUCAAGGCCAAUAAGCAGACGGCCGAGGUGGCCCUCGCCAACCUGAAGAGCAAAUACGAGAACGAGAAAGCCAUGGUGACCGAGACCAUGAUGAAGCUGCGCAAUGAGCUCAAGGCCCUCAAGGAGGAUGCGGCCACCUUUUCCUCGCUGCGCGCCAUGUUUGCCACCAGGUGUGACGAGUACAUCACACAGCUGGAUGAGAUGCAGCGGCAGCUGGCAGCCGCCGAGGACGAGAAGAAGACGCUCAACUCCCUGCUACGCAUGGCCAUCCAGCAGAAGCUGGCACUGACCCAGCGGCUGGAGCUGCUCGAGCUGGACCACGAGCAGAGCCGGCGGGGCCGCGCCAAGGCCACUCCCAAGGCCAAGCCCAGCACCCCAAGCCGUUGCGUGGUACUGCGUUUUCUGAAGUUUCCUCCAAAUAGGAAGAAGACCUCAGAAGAGAUAUUUCAGCACCUACAGAACAUAGUGGACUUCAGCAAAAAUGUCAUGAAAGAGUUUUUGGGAGAGAACUAUGUUCAUUGUGGGGAAGUUGUUCAGCUGCCUUUAGAUUUUGUGAAACAGCUUUGUUUAAAGAUACAGUCUGAGAGACCAGAAUCUCGCUGUGACAAGGACCUGGACACUCUCAGUGGUUAUGCUCUGUGCCUUCCCAAUUUAGCCAGACUUCAGACCUACCAUUUUGCGGAGCACCGGCCAAUUCUGUGUGUAGAGAUCAAGCCAAAAUGUGGGUUUAUUCCUCUCUCCAGCGAUGUUACGCAUGAGAUGAAGCAUAAGGUGUGCCGUUACUGCAUGCACCAGCACCUCAAGGUGGCAACUGGGAAGUGGAAGCAGAUAAGUAAAUACUGUCCCCUCGAUCUCUACUCAGGAAAUAAACAGAGAAUGUACUUUGCCCUGAAAAGCUUGUUGCAGGAGGCACAGAACAACUUAAAGAUAUUUAAGAACGGGGAGCUGAUCUAUGGCUGCAAGGACGCCCGGAGCCCUGCGGCGGACUGGAGUGAGCUGGCACAUCACCUGAAGCCUUUCUUCUUCCCAUCUAAUGGCCUGGCAAGCGGGCCCCACUGCACGAGGGCCGUGAUACGGGAGCUGGUGCGUGUCAUCACUCGGGUGCUGCUCAGCGGCUCAGACAAGGGCUGGGCGAGUGCCAUGAAGCUGGGGCCCGGGUCGCGGGGCCCAUGUGUCUGCGAAGCCAGCCCUUUCCGCAGGAGCCUGCGUCACCAAGGAAGAAGCAGCAUGGAGCGCUCAGGGUUACCGAAGGGCUGUCUUCUGUACAAAACCCUCCAGGUGCAGAAGCUGGACCUGCUGGACAUCGAGGGCCUCUACCCUCUGUACCGGCGGGUUGAGCGCUACCUGGAGGAGUUUCCUGAGCAGAGAAAAACAUUGCAAAUAGAUGGGCCUUAUGAUGAAGCGUUUUACCAGAAGCUGCUCGAUCUCUCCACUGAGGAUGAUGGGACAGUGGCUUUUGCGCUUACAAAGGUGCAGCAGUAUCGGGUCGCCAUGACUGCGAAGGACUGCUCCAUCAUGAUCGCCCUGUCCCCCUGUCUGCAGGAUGCAAGCUCCGAUCAAAGGCCCAUCGUUCCAUCGUCGAGGUCCAGGUUUGCCUUCUCCGUGUCUGUGCUGGACCUUGACCUUAAGCCCUACGAGAGCAUCCCUCAUCAGUACAAACUGGAUAGCAAGAUAGUCAACUACUACUCAAAGACUGUGCACACCACCGAUGCCGCCAGGGCGCCGACCAGGUUCAAGGAAAGCGAAGACUGCACAUUGGUUCUCCAUAAGGUCUAGGUUUUCCCUGUGGUGACUUUGAAACUUGAACAUGGAAUGUGAAGGGUGAAUGAUAGAGCUAUUUUCUCUUGUGUUGGGUGAGUUUUGUUGUGAAUGUUUUCACUUUUUAACCACUGUUCAGGUGGGACUGCAUCUGGGAGACACAGAAUGGAAGAGCACGAGGAACAUCUCCCGGGACAAGGAAUGUCACGUGAGCCCUGUGGGGGGCGGCUCUCCCUCCCUCCCAGGGCUCAUGUCCACUCUCUAAUGCAAAAAGCCUUAUCAUAAGACCUGAGCGUUGGAUCUCCUACCACCAUGCUCCUAGCAUGGAAAACUUGAAUCGUCACAUACAUGUUAGUUUGGACUUUUAAGAAAACAUGGAUACUACUGGAACUUUCCCGGCUGAGUUACUUGGUCACUUUUUUAAUGAAGCCACACAUCAGCACAGGCUUGGUGGUUCCCUGCUACAGAGCGAUGGGUGUUGGUGAAGAUGUCACUUCUGAGCAGUGUGACUCAGUUCCCUGGAGAGGUGCCAAGCCCCCCAUUCUGCACAGGCUCAGCAGGGAUGGCCGGACUCAGGUCAGGGGUGAACACCACUCGUUCGAGCGUUGACUUCCAUUCUUUUGUUCUGUUUUUUUGCUGAAUGAUUUUAUCUCUAACUUUAGGGGAGACUAGGCAUUCUUUCCCACCCAAAAUUGCUGCUUGGAAGCUGGCAGCAGCUGUGACACUGAGCUGCUGGGCUCAGGGCAGGUGUCACGGCAGCUGUGUUCCUUCUAGUUCUGUGUUCCUGGCAUUCUGGGGUGUUUGGGGAACCUCAGCCAGUUCUGCCAGAGCCAGACUGUUACUUGCCUCCCUGUACCUGUUGCUCCCCUGGUCUCACUGAGACGUGUGGUGUUUGCAGCCUUGAGUGGUGCUGGGCCACCUCCUGUCAGGGCUGCCCCAGGCCUGGCCUCUGCACGACGCGCGACUCCUGGCUGGCACCGCGGGGUCACCAAAGGUGUGCCUGGCUGCUAUGAAAACUGCUGGGGAUCUUGGCUUCAGUUUUUUUAUUCUAUGGUAGGUUGUACAGAUUGGUUAUUUAUAUCAUCAUUUUGAGGGAUUAAUGAAGGCUUAUUGUAACAUAUUAUUAGUGAAACCAUGGAAUUAUAUGAAAAUGCUACAUGAAAAAUGAAACUAUUUUGCUGAUUGUACAUUUCUGUGGGGAAUUUUGCGAUAACUUGAGAAUUACACUUGUUUGAAUCAA